GUGUUCCACUAACCUAGGAGAGGAAAUUACAUUUUUUAUUCGCAUGCCACAACAUACAUUUCUUAGGAGAAUUGAGCCAAUAGAUAGAUAGAAGCUCUGGGUAUGUGCUAAAUAGAAUGUAUUCACCAGUUCUUUCAACAACUGACAAAACCGACGCCAAAGCAUCUUUCAAGCAGUGUGAAACCACAAUCAAGAACUGGGCAUCUUCUUCCCAAGAAUUUGAAGUCUUUGAAGAUCAAAAGACAUUGAAGGAUUUGCUAUUUUUCCUUCAUGUUCCCAGGACAGGGGGAAACAAUUAUUUCCACUGGUACUCUAUCUUCUUGAAUAACAAACCAAUGCCCUCUAAGUGCAACUUACAUUAAGCUUCUUUUAACCCUUUUUUCUUACAUUUGUUUGUUUCAAGUUUUCUGGGGCAGCUCUAUGAUCCCUCUUCAAAGUGCCCACUCUCCUAUGAUGAGUUAAGGUUUGAUCCAAGGAAUCCAGGAUGCAACUUGACUGUAACUCAUGAUGAUUACAGCUUGAUGUCUAAACUACCAUAUGAUAAAACUUCUGUGGUGACAGUUAUCAGGAAUCCAGUAGAUCGUGUGUUUAGUUCUUAUGAAUUUUCUGUGGAGGUUGCAGCCAGGUCACUAAUGUUUCCCAAUUUAACCUAUGCUACUGAAAUGGCUAAUCGUCGACCUGUUAGUGUUGAGAAACUAGGAGGAAACACCCUAGAUAUAUGGCCAUGGAAGUUCUUGGUUCCAUGGAUGAUAGAAGAUCUAUUUGCUCGAAAAAAUAUGAGAGAAGUGAAGGGUGAAAAUCUUAUAAAAACCAAUGAGCCAUACAAUAUGGGAGAUAUUGUGAUGCCUUUGCACCAAUUCAUCAAUGAGCCUAUUGCAUUGGAUCUUGUUCACAAUGGUGCCACAUUUCAGGUUGCAGGACUCACAAACAACUCUUACUCAAAAGUGUCAGAUGAUGUGCGCAAUUGUGUAUUGAAAUACCACACUCUUGGUGAAUAUGUUCUUGAAGUUGCCAAGAGGAGGUUGGAUGGUAUGUUGUAUAUUGGGCUCACUGAUAAGCACAAAGAGUCAGCUGCCUUAUUUGCAAGUGUGGUUGGUGAUCAAGUCAUAUCUAAAUUAGCUCAAUCGCGAUUGGGUGUUAAUGGUUCCACUAUCAACCAUUCAAAACAUAUCGAUCCAUUCAGAAACUCAAGCUCUAAAAGGGAGACAACAAGAAAGCUUGUGAAGUUAUAUGAAACGUGCAUUCAAAGGUCACUUGAAUCUCAAAGACAAAGGCGUGCAUCAUCUGUGAAAUAUAUCGCUCCAGUAAAUUUCACCAAAGAGAGUCGACAUCAGGUUCCAAGGAGAAUUAUCGAUGAAAUUAGUGCACUGAACAACCUAGAUAUGCAGCUUUAUGAAUAUGCACAGCUGAUCUUUGAGAAGCAAAAGCAACGAGGGUCAAAGAAAGUGAUCACAGAGGUGAUGAGUUAUGGAAUGUUGAAUGCUUUGUAUGUUACCUCUUGGAAACAUCUUCCAUUUGCAUUACCCUUUCUAGUUUUGCUCCCCUUCAUUUUCAUAUACUUAAGUGGUAGAAAGAAAAGAUCAAAAUCCAAAUUGUGAAUACACAUUAUUACAGAUAUAGUAGUAGCAAGCAACAUGUUCCUAAGAUACAAAACUGAAACAAGACUUACAAAUACAAUAUAUUCGUAUUUAAUUUCACGAUUGGAUUGUAUCAUUAAAUUGAGAGUAUUAUU